AUGUCUACUCAUAGUCCUUGCCGUCAACACCCUCCACCCGCAACCAUGAAGCUUCACUCGACCCUUUCCGCCGCCGCCGCCCUACUCGGCGCCGCCACACCGACCCUCGCCAUAUCCAGCCGGGUCAGGCUGCCCUACGCCACCUACCACGGGGUCCAACUGGGCAAGGGCAUCACGCAGUGGCUGGGGAUGCGGUACGCCGCGCCGCCGACCGGUGCCCGGCGCUUCCGACCGCCCGAGGAGCCCCUCGAGGAGACGGAGGAGCUGUCGGCGGCGGCGUACGGCGACCGCUGCCUCGUGACGGGCAGCGCGGCGGGCGCGGCGGGCCACAGCGAAGACUGCCUCUUCAUCAACGUGUACGCGCCCAACGAGACGCGGACGACGGGCCCGUUCCUGCCCGUGCUCGUGUGGCUGGGCGGCGACGGCUACGCCAAUGCGCAGACCGACGCCGACAUCAACGCGACGGGCCUGCUGCAGGCCAACGACGGCAACUUUGUCGUCGUCACGUUCAACCACCGCCUCGGCCCGUACGGCUUCCUCGCCAGCGGCCACACGCUCGGCACCAACAACGGGCUCCGCGACCAGGUCCGCGCCCUCGAGUGGGUGCGCCGCUUCAUACGCCGCUUCGGCGGCGACCCGGAGCAAGUCACCCUCGGCGGCUCCGGCAUCGCCGCGCAGUACGUCAUGGCGCACCUCAUCAUGCACAAGGACGACAGCCCCCACUUCAACGCCGUCAUUGCCGAGUCGCCCUCGUUUGCGCCGAUGCGCGACCUCGACGAGGCCGCCACCGAGUACCACCGCUUCGCGCAGCAGCUCGGCUGCGAGCGCAACAGCAGCAGCAGAAGCCACAACGCGACCGCCGCCGCCGCCUCGCUGGCCGCGCGGUUGGCGAUUGGCGACGACGCCAAGACGCUCGCGUGCCUGCUCGCGCUCGAUGCCGACGCCAUCCAGGAGGCGAGCCGGCAGCUGGCGCUCUCGACGGUGCACGCGGCGCCGUGGGACCGGUGGGUGCCGGUGAUCGACCACGACCUCGUCUCGAAAACGACGUCGCAGAGCCUCGCGGCGGGCCACUUUGCGCGGGUGCCGUUCCUGUUUGGCAGCACGGUGGCGGCGCCCGGGACGGCGUUUGCGUACCGCAACCGGUCGAGCACCGACUCGGUGACGAGCUUCAUGCACGACCUGUACCCGUUCCUGCAGGCGGCGGACCUCGCCGAGAUGGAGGCGCUGUACACGACCAGCGCGUGCGGCGGCGGCGGCGGCGAUCCGGCCUGCUUCCAGAACAUCCUCGCGCGCAUCGACCAGGACCUGCGGUACACGUGCCCGACGCUGGCGGCCGUGGGGCGGCUGCGCGACGGGGGCGUCAAGGACGCGUACCUGUAUUCCUGGGACGUGGACGGCGCCGACGACACGGACGGCGACCUCGGCGCGCACCAAAACACAGAGGCCGCCGCCCUUUGGGGGGGCACCGCCGCCGCCGCCGCCGUGCCCAACAGCUACCGGCGCGGCGGCGCCAACGAGGCCGUGCCGCUCGUCAAGCAGCGGUACUGGGCCAACUUUGUGCGCUCGCACAACCCCAACCGGGCGCACAAAAAAGCCAAGGGCGGCAAGAACGAGGUCAAGGUCGGGGAGCGCGUCGUCGGCCUGGCCAAAUGGGGCAGCUGGUCGCCGGGAAAACGCACACGCCUCGUGUUGGGAAACGGCGGCGUGACCGGGGAGAAGAGCACGGCGCACCUCAGGUUCAGCUGCACGUUUUUCGAUCGCAUGGCGCCGCGGAUGCGUGUCUAA